AUGUCCCGUAUCCAGCAAUCCUCGAUCCGCUCGUUCUUCCAACCCCGGCGACAGCCUGAAUAUGCUGCCCCGCCAUCGACUGCCCCGCUAGAAAACGGCAAUGUAGCGACACAGUCGACAUCGAAACCGCCAGUAUCUCCGUCUGCCGAUCAUCUGAACGCAACCUCGACGGAGCCAGUGAAAAUACCCAUCACACUCCCCCCGAGCGGCAUUCCAAUCCUCCCAUCCCCGCCGUCCCUCCCCUCUGGCGCAACCAUCGUGCCGCUCGUCCAAGAACACGUGCCCGCCCUCCGGCGCAUCAACUCCCUCCUCCUACCGGUCCCCUACCCAGACUCGUUUUACGCCAAAGUUCUCGAUCCCCUCGCGUCCGGGCUCUUCUCCCGCGCCAUCCUUUGGCAAGACUCGGACGCCGACACCCCCAAAGUCAUCGGUGGCCUCAUCUGCCGCCUCGAACCGAACCCCUUUCUCGACACCCAAGGGCAGCUAAUACCCCACCCAUUCCCGCCCUCGCACUUGCAGAAGCCGUCCAACGUGCCACUGAACACGCCGUACCACGCCAUCUACAUCCAAUCCCUCGCCCUGCUCUCGCCUUACCGCUCGCUGGGCCUGGCCGCCGCCGCACUCGAGCACAUCAUCGCCAGCGCGACCAUCCUCCCCGCCGCCGGCAGCAGCAUCGACGCGCGGACCAUCUACGCGCACGUCUGGACCGAGAAUGAGGAAGGGCUCAAGUGGUACGAGGCGCGGGGCUUUGCCCGCGAGGGCGCCGAGCCCAUGAAGGAGUACUACUUCAAGCUGCGGCCGGGCACGGCGUGGGUGGUGCGCCGGCACAUCGGGCCCACCGCCGCCGCCGCAGCCGCCAACCUUACAACAACCGCAACAACAACAACUACAACAGCACCAGCAUUACCACCCACGACCAGCACAUCAUCCAGCGAAUCCGUCCUCGCCGCAGCAGUCAACCUACCCCUACUAGCACCCAAACCACCACCACCACCACCACCACCACCGCGCGCCCCAACCCCCGGAACAAGCGGCGGCGGCGGCCCCCCACGGCGCCCGUCCGCACCGCCCUCGGCCAACGCGUCCUCCACCUCCCUCUCCUUCCAGAACGCCCGCCCCGAAUCGGAGUGGAACGACCUCCCCGCCGACAUGGUGAGCACAGGAAAGGUGGGCAGCGGCAGCAACAACACGAAUAGCCCACGGCUUCUGAGCCCCGACGCUGCUGCUGCUGCUGCGAAUGGCAGCGGUGGCAGGGCUGGGGCCGGGGCGGGGACGCCGGUGUCGGGGGCGAGUUCGCGGAGUAGUUCAACGGGGAGGAAGAAGCGGGAUCGGACGUAUCCCACGGCUGCGUUUGGGGCGUGA